AUGGAGACGAACAGCAGAGGCGGCCUAUCACUGUCGAAAAGGACGAAUUCAGGACAUCAGACAACGAUUUACGCUCUCGGUCACGAUAUUCUCUGUUUAAUCUUUUCUUUCCUCGACCUCCUCGACCUCGGUCGAUGCUCCGGCGUCUGCAAAUACUGGUACUCCUCUUUUGCGGUUCCAAAUUAG